AUGUCCAGGCUUUUCAAGACUUUGGAGAAGGACGAAAUACCCACAAUAUACAAGAUGACGCGCGGGAAUCUCAAUCUCAUGCAUAAGUUCUUGUACGUCAUGGGCUACCGUAAACCAUCAGUUGCAAACAUUUACCGGCAACCAGACCCCGACGACCCCCCUGGGGAGGCGCGUCUGGAAUAUCGCACCCAAGCACCCAAUGACCAGUGGCUUCAGCAGCUACGCUAUAUUCUCGACACACCGCAUUGGGAGAUUGUUGAGCAUGGACGCAAGGCAAAGAGAAAAAAGGCAGAGCUGGAUUUGAAAUUUCCGCAUAGAAAAUGGUCGGAAUUGGGCAAAGAUCUUGAGUCAUUGGAAGAAGGAUACAUGGAGGAGGCGGACGGGUGUUUCUUGGCUAUUUGGAGGGCCGCCGAAGGGGAGGAGUUCAUCAUCUCGAACGACUCUUUCGGUAUUCUCGAGGGUAAGAAGAGCUCUUGGGGCCCGAUCCAUAGGUUCUAUGUCAUAUCCCCACAGGUUGCACUUGUGAUUUGCUCUGUCGGUCUUGACCCGAGCUACAAUUGCGACCCGGAAAUCAAAGUUCGUUGCCAGAAUUCGGUACUUCGGGGUGCGAAGCAUAGGCGCCCAAAAGUGAUACAUGCAGUUGAACCACCGGAUAACAUGAGCGAUGAGGAGUCCCUGGAGUUCGAGUCAAAAUGUCACACCAGAGAGGAUGACACUAUGGAGUUUGAGGUUUCGACUCUCACAGUUGAAGAAACCCGUACUCUGAAUGCAGUUAUACUCGAAACCACCGCCGACGAUGGAACGAUUACAUAUUGUUCCGAGAAAGCGCUUCAACAGACUCUUGUCUCCUUCAAGGGAAACCCGAAUUUUAGGAGUCAAAGCCGGUAUGAAACGUUAAGAAAGAUGCUAGGAGGAGGGAAAGAAGGAGAAGGGGAUGGUAGUGCACUUGAGCUCAAUCUACCACCAUCCGAACCGGAGCCACAGCUCCAAUUGCAGCAAGAGAAAUUCGGGGAGUCUGAAAGUCUCCCCUACCUUAAUCAAGCAAUUUCUGGAGAUGCCAAUGCGUAUCAUCCCGAGGGGCCAACAUCCCCAGAGAAGGUCGUCGAGAAGAAUGGAAACAUGAUUUUCGAAUUGAUCCUUCUGAAUUUGAAAAGCGAGCGACCGCUAGUCAGUUGCUUGUUCGAACUCAUCAUCAUCACCACCACCAUCAUCAUCAUCAUCUUCGGUCACUUUGUGUCGGUCAAGGCCUGGACGGGAACAUAUACGGACCCGGCCUGUUUUGGCUUGACAUAA